UCGGCAAACUCGGAGGAAAAGGCCCUAUUCUGAUUAGUACGGGAUAGGCGUGUUUCUCCCAAUCCCAUCCUGGAGCUACCCUUGCGCGUCCUGUGUGAUUUCUCGUUCGCGGAAUCUCGGACUGUGACAGCAAUCCCACUUGUCCCACAGAUAAUUCAAAGUAAGGGACUCCCCGACUUGCGGGGAAGCAACAGCCACCUAUAGAGUAGGGCCGAAAGCUGCUCGAGUAUGCGGGGUGCGGGGAAUAAAGGGGGACAAACGGCCCGCAAUUGACAGAUCAACGCACUUGACAGCUCUGUGCUACCCUCGUGGGCAUCUUUUUUGCCGAAGCACGUAUUGGAUUUCUGCAGAGUAUAUAACCACAACGUGGGUCACCGAUAUUCCAGAACCAGAUCAACAGACCGACGAUCGAUCUUCUCUCGUCUGCUGUCGCCAAGACCUGAACAAGGCAACACGCCUCGCAGCGCCUGUGCUACCGACAACAUGGCCGAAGAAAUCAACGAGAAAUCUGCGACGCAGGUCACCGAGGACAAGGCAAUUCCCAGCGACUGGAAUCUUCGCGAUGUGCUUCCUAAAGACUCCCCGCCGUGGUACAAGCAACGACAUCUCAUACUUCUCAACCUGGCCAUGAUAAUCCCCGCCCUCUCGAGUACAACUAAUGGUUACGAUGGUUCUAUGUUAAACGGUUUACAAUCAAUGGACCAAUGGCAGAAUUACUUCGGCUCUCCCACAGGAACCCGGCUAGGUUCCCUCGCAAACGGCACCAUCUUCGGACAAAUUCUCGCCUUCCCAGUUGUGCCGUGGCUAUGUGAUCACACAGGGAGACGGUUCCCAAUCUUUUUGGGCUCUGCACUGCUUGUCUUUGGUGCCAUUCUCCAGGGGGCGGCUCAGAACUACGGAAUGUUCCUCGCUUCACGAAUGAUAAUCGGUUUUGGAGGUCUAAUCGCCGUGGAACCGUCUCCUUUGCUCAUCAGUGAGCUGGCUUACCCAACGCACCGCCCAGUUAUAACGGCAUAUUACAACAACCUCUGGUAUCUAGGCGCGAUAGUGGCAGCGUGGGUCACGUACGGAACAUAUUGGAUGGGGCAUAACAACUCGUGGGCGUGGCGAAUCCCCUCAAUACUCCAAGGAUUCAUGCCACUUAUCCAAGUUCUCUUCGUUUACCUACUUCCCGAGUCUCCGAGAUACCUAAUUCUGAAGGGAAAACAUGACGAGGCACGAAAAGUCCUUGUGAAAUACCACGCCGGUGGAGACGAGGCCUCGCCUCUUGUGGAGUUUGAGAUGAAAGAAAUCACGCUACAGAUUGAGGAGUCAAAGAACAUAUCUGGAACAGGCUAUUUGGAAUUCUGGAGGACUAAGGGCAACAGGCACCGCCUGUUCCUCAUCUGUAUCGUGCCUGUGAUGAUGCAGUUAAGCGGAAACGGGCUCGUCUCUUACUAUCUCCAUUUGAUUCUUGAUUCGAUUGGAUACACCUCUGCACCAGCGCAGCUCCGUAUCAACGGUGGGCUCAUGGUUUACAACUUCGGCAUCUCCAUCAUACUAGCAUCAUUUGUGGAGAUAGCGGGACGACGCCGUUUGUUCCUAAUCUCCACUGUCGGUAUGCUAGGGUCUUUCAUUAUCUGGACGGUGCUUUCAGCAAUCAAUGAGCAACGUGGCUUCGCAGACACUUCUCUCGGCAGCGGCGUUAUCUCAAUGAUCUUCUUCUUCUACCUCUUCUACAACAUGGGGUUGAAUGGCCCGCCUUGGUUAUAUGUCUGCGAAAUCCUCCCAACGCACCUCCGGGCUAAAGGGGUUAAUAUCAUGCAAAUCGCAGCAACUUGCGUGCUGAUCUUUAACGGCUACGCAAAUCCCGUGGCCAUGGAGGCUAUUUCCUGGAGAUACUACAUCGUAUACAUCUGUGUCCUUGCUGUGGAAGUAGUCCUCGUCUUUUUCUUUUUCCCUGAAACCAAGGGGAAGACCCUUGAGGAGGUGGCGUUUAUAUUCGAUGGUGAUACAGCAUUUGGGAAUAAUCACAGCAGCGAUGUGAUUGUCGGCAGGGACAAGGAAGCUGAUGUAUGAUGGCUUGUGCUUGCUUGGUGGGAAACCAAAGUCGAUCUUGAGUGGAAUGGGGUUCUGGGAAUAUCUCCGUCUCCUUAUUUUAAUAGCUGUUUCAAGUGCUCAUUAUUAGCUUAAUUAAUCCCUAUGAAACAU